CCGCAGCUACGAAGUAGAGUAGGAGCGGGCACUAACUGUCGGUUAUUCCUUCACUCUUUAAUGACAACGAUGCUUGUUCUUGCGCCUGUCGACUUCCGUCACCCUGGAAGCUACACAUAAAUUCUACCAACCCACCUUGACUCUCUCUCUCUCAACUCUCCCUCUCCCUCACCAUGGCUACGCGAAGCUCGAAAAGAAGAAAGGCGAACGGCACAAACGGCACAAAUGGCACCGUCAACUCCAUUCCUGAGAACAGAGUCUUCCCCAACGAUGCGUCUGUGCCCGCUACCGCCGAGGACAAACGCAACUGGCAGGGAUUCUGUGAAAUUGAAAAUGACCCGGUAAUGCCAUUACCGCCUAUGUAACUCCGAAUUAGUACUGACUAUUGGUCUUCCAGGCAUUCUUCAACGUCAUGUUGCAAGAAUUCGGCGUGCAGGGAGUCAGAGUCCAGGAAGUCUUUGGCUUAGACGAGGCGCUCUUAGCGAUGCUACCGAAGCCCGUGUAUGGUUUGAUUUUCCUGUUCCGCUACUUAGAGGAUGAUUCGACCGCUCAAGAGAGCAUUUGUCCGGAACACGUAUGGUUCGCAAACCAGACUACCGGCAACGCUUGUGCCACAGUAGCUCUCUUGAACAUUGCCAUGAACAUAGCAGGGGUGGAGCUUGGAGAGAAUCUCAAAAGCUUCAAAGACUUCACAAAAGACUUGACUCCAGCGAUGCGGGGCAACCAGAUUGUCAACUUUGAGUUUAUCAAGAGAAUCCACAACUCUUUUGCUCGGAAGAUCGACAUGAUGAACAUCGAUCUCGGUAUGCAGGAUCAAGUCAAGACGGCAAAGUCCAAGAAAGGCAAGUCGAAGAAGAAGAAGAAGGGUGUGGACGACGAUGCCGCAUUCCACUUUAGUGCAUUCAUGCCGAUCGAAGGAGAUGUCUGGAAACUUGAUGGCCUAGACCGGCAGCCGUUGCGACUAGAGACUAUCGGCGACUCAGACUGGCUUCAACUCAUCGCGCCCAACAUCUCCGCUCGCAUGACACAGUACGAAGAAGGACAGGUUGAAUUCGGCUUGCUUGCCCUUGUCAAGGACCCGCUCAUCGAAGCCCGAGAGCAACUGGCUCAGAACAUCAAGACCAUUCGCGAUGUCGAGACGCGACUCGAGAUGAUCAACUCAGACUGGCGAGCAUUCAGUUCCACCACAGACGAAAGCGAGAACACGGUGCUUGCUGGACCUUCGUCCGAAUACCACAUCACCGGCCAGGCGAUCCUGACGGCCAAGCUGCCGCUGUCGAUAGAAAGGAAGAUCGACACUGACGACGACCCGACCACGUUGCUGGAGUUGAGGCAGAAAGCCGUCACUGAGCAAGCAGCUUUGAAGGCGACAAUCGGAGACGAGCAGGCUUCCGCUCAGGCAGACCAAGACAAGGCUGAGGCUCGUCGUCAUGACUACGGUCCUCUUAUUCGGACGUGGUUGAGGAUGCUGGCGGAGAAUGGCACGCUCCAGAAGUUGAUGAAGGAGGUAGAGUAAUUCAGGUGGUUGGCCCUCGCAACAGAGCAUGUUUAUGGCGUUGGCUGACGUGGGAAAUCGAUUAUCUGGUUAUUAGCUUCGGAGUUGCGGCUAGAACGUAG